UCAAAUGUUUGAGAGGCUACUAGUUGAACAUGGUUUGCUGUGGUCUGAUGGAUAUGGUGUCGGCCGCUUAAUCCAGGGGUCGUGGGUUCGAGCCCCAAUGGGGUUAAGACCAUAAAUUCUCAUAUGAAACCUGUGCUGUUUUUUCCAGGUAGCGGACUCGGGAGUGGUUGCAAUUAGCUUAGAGCAUUCAUCACAAUCGAGCUAAAACAUAUCAGUAUAAACUAACUACCACGGUUUAUUCUAAUAAGAAUUUACAUUCAUCCAAGGAAAAUCAGAUAACUUUGCAUACUCAUCAUUUUAAAAGAAAUUAUUUAAAACUAAAUUCCUGUUAUUUUACGUUCAAUUCAAAACAUAAAUGAAAAUAACUGUUGUACUCGAUUUACAUUGAAGACUUGUUUUGAGUGAAUGCAAUUGUCUUAGUUUAUUGAUAUUUUACAAUCGGAAUGCUAAUUUCAGAGUUCCUGACUCUCUUUACAAUUAUCUUGGUCGUAUGUCCAGGAAUUUUUAAGGAUGUGUUACAUAUUUCUUAUGAAGAAGAUCAUAUUCAGCGUCAGCAAUAUGACAAGCAAAAUUCAACAUUUUUGCCGAAGUACAGAAGUCCGUGUUGGUACGAUCAGGCAGGCGACAACAAAACAACGCAUCUAAAAUGUUUGCCAUACUUUUACCUCAUUGGUGCUCCUAAAUGUGGUACCACAGAUCUACAGUCAAGAAUGAUAGCACAUCCACUUAUCUCCGAAAAAGUUGUUAAAGAACCUCACUGGAUAAACAGACAGAGAUAUCGUUUCGGAAAUGAACUGUCAAAUUACCUUCAACUUUUCAACAAAGCUGUACAAGAGGAUAUUGUUGACAUAGAACAGAAUGGAUACCAUCCUAUUAUAUUUGGUCAGUAUGUUCCGAAUAGUAUUCUUAUUUAUUAUAAUUUUUCUCUUUUUUUGCAAUGUACAGUUCAGGAUUCAUAAGUUAUUAUUUUCAUUUUUUUCUGAAUUAUAUAUUUAUUACACUCAUUCCACUAGUGGUUUUACUCUCAAAAGAAAUUAAAGCUGAAGAAUCGAUUUCAAUCUUAGACAAUCAGUAUGUGUAUAUUUCAUCGAUUUUUCAUCUGUCUAUGUUUUGUGCACGCAUUAUGUCUAUGCAUUGUAUAUACAUUUACGUAUA